AUGGGACCCCCCUGUCCCACAGACCGGCUGGUGCUGCACGUGCCGACGCAGGGGCUGCUGGAGGGGGACAUGGUGACACUGCGCUGCCGGAACAAGAAGGAUACGUCAGUCACCGGGAUGCAAUUUUACCACCAGGAGAAGGAUCUGAGGGAGGCCCUCAACGGGACAGAGUUGUCCCUGUCUCCCCUGCAGCUGCACCACAGUGGCCGCUACCGCUGCAAUUGCCAGAUGGGAACCAACCGGCUGGAGUCAGUGCCAGUGACUGUGACAGUGCACGAGCUCUUCCCGGUGCCAGUGCUGGAGGGUUCUCCCGAGCCUACCGAGGGGUCCCCCCUCAAUCUCAGCUGCCUCAGCACCCCCAGCCCCCUGCGGCCCCGAGCCCCCCUCCUGCACCUCUUCUACCGGCACGGGCGGUUGGCGGGGGGCCCGCAGGGGUCCCCGCAGCUCCUGCUGCCCACCCUGGGGGUCUCCCACUCGGGGAAUUACAGCUGCCAGGUGCGGUCCGAGCGGGGGCCGUGCGGAAGAGCAGCGCCCGGCUCCGCGUCACGGUGGAAGCACGCACAGAACCCCUCAUUCCCCAGCAGUGGCUGCAGGAGUUGCUGGGUCCCUGUUGUUCCUGCUCCUGCUCCUGGGAGUCACCAUGAGCUGUCAGUGGUGGCAACACAAGGCCAGGAAGCCCCAGGACAGGGCCCCCCCGGAGCCUUCAGGCCCCUGGCAAGAGGGGGAGGUGCUGUACACCCACAUUGUAGGCACUGGGUGGGCAGGGGGAUCCCCCUGCACUACCCAACCCCAGGACCGCCAGGUGACCUAUGCAGAGCUGCCAGGAGCCCACACAAGGCCGUGGGAACCCAGUGACAUCAGGGACAACAAGAUGUGAUUCUGGGGCCACUAAAGGGGCACUGGGAGGUUCUGGAUUCUCUUGGCCCCUUUCCCAAACCCUCCUCCGCCGUGCUGCCCCACACCAUGAUGUCACCAAGGCCCUGGGGGUGUUCCAGAGCCUCCCCCUUUCCCAGGGCAGUCGGGAUCAGUCCAUGGCACAGGGUGGGCUGUGUUUCCAGUCAGUUCCAGGGGCUCUGGACGCCCCUCCAGGUCAGGGCAAACUGUGGCCUGCCCUCUGCUGCCACAGGAAUGGGGACAAAGGCAUUGGCAACAUCCAUGCUGGCACCACUUGGCUGUCUCGGACUCCAGCUCGCCCUGGAGUUCCGGCAUGUCUGGCACAGCCGCUCUCAGUGGGGCUGGCACUUGGUUCAGGCCCCCACAGUCCCUGUCAGUGGCCACUCUCCACUGGACUCAUGCUCUGGCCAUGUGGGGCUCUUGAAGGCUCAGCAGGUCUGCCUGAGCACUCCCAGCUCUCCAGGUCAUGGCUCAUCCCAGGCAUGGCGUCCUGCAGUCCUGCUCGGUGCCGUCUUGCCGACGGGGCCCUGUUGUGGUGGCCGUAGGUCCCUGUUGUUCGUGCACCCUCAGCAGCCCCACAGCAGAAGGGUCCUGGGAGAGCCCAGGCCAGGGAUUGAGCUGUGGAAUUGCCUCUGUCUCCAUAGCAGCUCUGCCAAAGCCCAACAAUGCCCUUUGGGCUCCCUGAAAUACCCGCUCCAGCACCUGCAGCCCCUCGUGCCACUCCCUCCUCCUGUGCUCGCUGCCUGCAGGGCUGUUCCUCUCCCAGCCCUCUGGCUCCUCUUGGCUGCUGCAGUUGUAUUUCUGCCAUGCCUUGGAUUUGCCCUUCCCAGCUCAGGGCAGCUCCAGGCCCACUACUCUGGCCUGUUCCAGCACACGCCUCUAGUUCCAGGAUCUG